AUGGAUAGCCUUGCAUCUGUCAAGUGCUCAAGUUACGAGAUAGUGGAACCAUCGCUUACUCGGAAACACAUCUCAUAUUAUACCCCUGACGGAAACGUCGUCAUCCAAGUGCAAGAUACGCUUUUUAAACUCGAUCUGUCCGUUCUACAUGCCAAAUCCCCCGUUUUUCGCAGCAUUGUACCCCCUGUCUACGCUGGCAAAACUCGCCUUCUUGGCUUCAACGAUCAGCACCCUUUCCAAUUACCUGAAGUUUCUGAGAUAGACUUUACACGUCUUCUUUCCGUAAUCUAUCCCUUGUAA